CAAGAAAGUUAACAAUAUGACCGAAAUAACGUUGGCCGUGAUCAAGCCGCAUGUACUGCGCAACACAUACGCCCUGCAGCAGAUCAAAUCCCUGAUCGAACAGAACUUUCGAGUGCUCGACCAGAAGGAGGUCCACAUUACGAAAGACCUAUCGGAUCGUUUCUAUGCGGAGCACCAGGGCAAGUUCUUCUACCACCGCCUGACCAGCUUCAUGAACAGCGGCCCCUGCUAUGCACUCAUACUGCAGUCGGAGGGCUCCAUUCAGAAGUGGCGUCGCCUGAUGGGACCCACCAAAGUGUUCAGGGCCGUCUAUACCGAACCGCAGUGCAUACGUGCGCUCUAUGGCCUCUCCGACACACGCAAUGCCUGCCAUGGAUCGGACAGCGAGGCCUCGGCCCUGCGGGAGAUUGGCAUCCUGUUUCCGGAGUUCGAUGUGCUGGCCACUGCUGACCGCAAGGUCAAAAAGGAGACGUAGUAGGGUCGUUACACUAGUCAUUUAUUAGCCAAAAGUUUGGCCCAGCCUUUCUGUAAUUAUAAGACACCAUCUGUGAAUAUUUGGA